UGCAAGCAGGAUCCAGCCACAGCGGGGCCCCCAGCCCCACGUGGCCGUGAGCCACUUGCCUCGGUGGCCCUGAAGGUAACGCCCCAACAUGGUGGGGCUGGCGGCCGAGAUCCUGUUCAGCUUGUGACAGGGGUGGUGGUGUUGCCAGGCUGGCAGUGAAGGGUGCCAGGGGAGCAUCCUGCAGGCUCAGGUGUGAGGGUUUGUCCUUCUAGGUGCAGCUGCCGCCUUGGGCUCAGCCUCCAGGAGAGGCUUUGGAGACAGUGUACAGGUAAAACAUGACCAUGGGAGGGCAAAGCCAUCUGGGGCUAUCCUUUCCAUCAAUGGGACACGUCCUCUGGGGUCACCUGGCCUCCUGCAUAUCUCCCUGAAAAAUAGUCCCUCUGCAAGCUGGGGUGGGGGAGUUGUAUCCUGCAUCCUUGCAGCACUGCUGGGGUGAGGGCUGGGCUUCCAGCAGCCCCCUCCAUGCUGCAUGCAGCCACCCCCUGCCAGCAUGUCCCUGGGCAGGCCCCCUAUCCCCUGCUGUGGCCUGUGGGGAAAGGGCAACAUCUCGUGGGGGGGAAGGUUCUCAAUCCUGGGCACCCUCCAGCCUUGGGGCGGAAGCCACAGCAUCCCUCACUCUCUGCCGUGCCCAGCAGUCCCAUACCAGUCCCACAGCCACUGAUCCCCUCGCCCCCACCCACGGCAGCCGCCCGGCAGCUGGACGAGCUUUUGGCCGACCUGGGCCACAUGCAGAGUAAGGUGAGCCUUGGCCCUGGGGGAAAGGAGGUUGGGGGCCUGGCCCUCACCCAGCCCUCAUCUGGCCCGCACCACCCUCCUUCCUGGCAGCUAGUGGCUGUGGGGCAGGGAGCCGGAGUGCCAGUGGAGCCCAAGCCCUCGCUGGACAACAUGCUGGGCAGCCUCACCCGGGACCUGCAGGAGCUGGGCAUCACAGCCACCCCCGCCAGCGUCUGCGCCACCUGCCACAAGCCCAUCGCUGGCAAGGUGUUCACAGCCCUGGGCAAAACCUGGCACCCUGAGCACUUCACCUGCGCCCGCUGUGGGCAGGAAUUGGGCAGCCGGCCCUUCUUUGAGCGGGGCGGGCAGGCGUACUGCGAGGAGGACUAUCACCAGGCCUUCUCGCCCCGCUGCGCCUACUGUGCUGGCCCCAUCCGCGAGAAAGUCCUCACGGCCCUGGACCAGACCUGGCACCCCGAGCACUUCUUCUGUGCCCACUGUGGGAAGGUGUUCGGAGAUGACGGUUUCCAUGAGCAGAGCGGGAAGCCGUACUGCCACCAGGACUUCCUGGCCAUGUUUGCCCCGAAAUGCCAGGGCUGCGACCGCCCCGUAACGGACAAUUACCUGUCAGCUCUGCAGGGCGUCUGGCACCCCGAGUGCUUCGUGUGCACGGAGUGCCUGAGCAGCUUCACCCGUGGCUCCUUCUUCGAGCUGCAGGGACGUCCCUACUGCGAGCUGCACUUCCACCAGCGGCAGGGCAACAUCUGCCACGGCUGCGGCCAUCCUGUGACCGGCCGCUGCAUCACAGCUGCAGGGCGCAAGUACCACCCCGAGCACUUCAUCUGCGCCUACUGCCUGGGCCAGCUGCAGAAAGGCACCUUCCGUGAGCACGGCGACAAGAUGUACUGCCGGGCCUGCCAUGACAAGCUCUUCCUCUGACCCCCAGCCCCCCAGCAUACAGCCACCCUUCUUACCUGGCUGGAUGUCCCUGGUAUCAUCGCCAACAUCCCUGGCAUAUUCCCUGCCAGGCCAGGCAUCCCUGGCAUCAUCCCUGCUGAGCCAAACAUGCCUCGUAUUCUCCCACCCAUCAACAGCCCUUGCAUUGGUCCUGCUGAGCCAAAUGUCCCCAGCCUUGUCUCUGCCAAGCCAGACAUCCCAGGCAAUCAUUCCUUGUUCCCCUACCCCCAAGACAUUCCUGGCAUUGCCCCUGCCAAGCCACACAUCCUGGGCAUUGUCCCCUCAACCUGAAGCAAUAAAACACUUGGCCCUA